CCUCACCGUUUGUUCUUAGUCUACAAACCCCUGUACAGGAGUGAAUCUCUCUCCUUCCUCCUCUUCCCCCUCCUCUGAAUUUCUCUGAGAAAUAACUGUGGAUAAUUAGUAUAUAAUUGGUUCAUCAUCUCAUCUGCUUGGAUUAUAGCUCGUUUUUAUAAUAUAUAACACCAAUUGUUUUUGUUUUCUUCCAAAUAUCCUCCUUAGUUAUAUUGUCCAGUGCACAACCAAUCUGAACCACUACUGCUUCAUAUUACAUUCCUGCUGGAAGAAGCAUCAUGACGGCUAUUACAUAUCUCGAUCGCUACAGAAAUCUAGUUCACACUGAACAGAAAAAGAACCUGCUGAUUGAGGAACUCCUGCAGCGGGUGGCGCAGCUUGAGGAUGCAAACGAACAACAGAAGCUUGAUCAUGAGCGUGAGAAGCUCUUCAAUCGAGAUAUUCAGCUAAGUGAAAUGGAAUUGAUGGGCCAGGUUUCACGGUUCCAACUUCUAAUGAACCGCCAACCCUACAUAAUUGGUCUUCUUGACGGAUCUAGCUUCAUAUUCCAGGACGAAUACCUCAAGAAAGGCGCACAGGGGGGAAAACUCGCGGCGGAGAAAUUACACGACGAGCUUGAGGGUUAUGUCGCAAAUCAACUCCCCACCGUCAAGGACCUUAAUAUUUUGAUAAGGAUGUACAUUAAUGUGAGAGGACUGAGCGAGACUUGCAUCCGGGGCGGCAUCACAAUAGAUUCAUCAUUGCUGGAGGGAUUCAUUCGCGGGUUCAAUAGUUGCUAUGCUUCCAUGGACAUCGUGGAUACUGGCGCUUUUGCGCUCAACCUCUAUAAUUGUCACUGCCAUCAGAUCUUGCUGGGCUGUGCAGAUGAGGAUUCCUUCAUCCAAGUCCUUGGAGACAAUCUUAAAGACAGGGAAUUAAUGGGACGGGUCACUCUGUUCGAAGCAUUGCCCUUCGAAGGGAACCUUGAUGUCAUCAAGUCAUCUUUCAGAACUAUGCGCUGCACGGACGUUUUUCGCGAUUCAAAGAUCUUCCCCAUAUGGUCUCCCUGGAAAGCUGCUGUGGCCACACAGCCCCGCACGGAGCUCACUCCAUCGCCCAUGCCAGAGCCAAAACAAUCCCCGCGGUCCGUGAACAAUGCAUCUACCAACCCCAGUACAUCGAUAUCACUUGCCUCCUCCAGACCGUCCAGCCCAGAAGGGGGAUUCCAGGUAGUCCGCUCCAAAGCAGCCAAGCCCACACGGCCCAAGGUGAUCGAACGCAACAAGUACGGCCAACGGGUGGACAAGCUUAACCUGAAGAAUAUCAACCAACAAGACUUGAGUCGCCUCAAGAAGCUGAAGUUGUGUAACUUCUAUUAUCUACUGGGCGAGUGUCCCGCGGAUGACUGCCAGCAUGAACACUCGCGCAGACUGACCAAAAGCGAACUUGUAAUCCUGGCAGCCAUUGCCCGCAUGAUACCUUGUCGUUAUGGGCUGGAGUGCGACGACCCCGAUUGUUUGUACGAACAUCGAUGCCCUCAUAGUGAACUCGGCCAGAAAGAGUGUCACUGGGGCUCAAAUUGUCGGUUCGAGCCAGCUGCGCAUGGCAUUGAUACCAUGAUCGUGAAGGUGACUAAGAUCUUGGGCCUGCCCACAAAAAAGUUCAUUUGAAAAAGUCGUUACCUUUCCUUUUUUUUUUUCUCUCUUUGUACUUCUCUCUGGCCAGUCUGAAGUGC